AUGGAGUUCUAUCUGGAGAUCGACCCUGUCACCCUGAACCUCAUCAUCCUGGUUGCAAGCUACGUCAUCCUGCUCUUGGUGUUCCUCAUCUCCUGCGUGCUAUAUGACUGCCGAGGCAAGGACCCCAGUAAGGAGUGUGCUCCGGAGACCACGCCGAAUGCCCAGCCUUCCAUCCGAGUGGUGGUAACUCAGCACAGCGCUCAUGGAUCCCACUGGACAAGGGGACCCCGCCUUCACUUUAAGGAUCCUGCGCCAAUAGGGAAGAAAAGCACAGUGGUGUGA